AAACUAUAUCAAGAGCAGAGCGGGUUAUUUUGCAUCUAGAAGUUCUAGAAGCGCGAAGUCCUGUUUUUCUGUCAACGUGUAAGUCUCAAGUUCAAGAUGCCUGUCCCAAGUCUCCAAAAACCUGCCCCAGUAUUCAAGGGAACUGCAGUUGUCGACGGAGUAUUCAAAGAUAUAAGUCUGCAAGACUACAAAGGUCAGUACGUCGUACUAUUUUUCUACCCAUUGGACUUCACCUUCGUUUGCCCAACCGAAAUUGUCGCAUUCUCUGAUCGUAUCGAGGAGUUCAAGAAAAUCAAGACCGCCGUUGUGGGAUGCUCAACAGACAGUCAUUUCUCUCAUUUGGCAUGGAUUAAUACACCGAGGAAACAGGGAGGUUUGGGCCCAAUGAACAUUCCCUUGUUGGCCGACAAGAACCUCAAAAUCUCACGAGACUACGGUGUCCUUGACGAAGAAACUGGAAUCCCGUUCAGAGGUCUGUUCAUCAUCGAUGGAAAAGGUAUAUUGAGACAAAUCACCAUCAACGAUUUGCCGGUUGGAAGAAGUGUCGACGAAGCAUUGAGGUUGGUACAGGCUUUCCAAUUUACCGACGAACACGGUGAAGUGUGCCCAGCUGGCUGGACCCCAGGAAAAAAGACCAUGAAACCCGAUGUCAAAGAAUCCAAAAACUACUUCGCCGACAGUUAAACUCGUAGCUACCUACACAAAGUCUGAUAUUUUAUCUUUACAUUAUGUAUUUGUAAUGCCCAUGUAUUGGAAACAGUUUUUUUCACCUAUUAGUUGUUAAAAUAUUAUCAAUAAAUUCACUUUAUUUUUU